GUAGCGGCAUUUUGUUUUUGCAGUCGUGGUGCGUGGCUCUAAAAUUUAAUUUCAAGUUUAAUCUAACUAAAAGUGUAAAAUUUGUUGUAAAAAGUACAUCAAAAGUUCAAUUAAGUGACAAAGCACAAGCGAAGCGUGAAAGAUGGACGAAGAAACGCCGGAACUGCUGUUUUUCGACACCUUUUCGCACGACACCUACGAGAAGUUGAACCUGGAUCUGGUGCAGUUUCCGAAGCCGGUCUACAUCACCGAGGUGCGCAUCAUCCCGCUGGGCGCGCGCGUCCAGGCGGACUUUCCGGGCGGCGUGCGGCUCGGGGCGACCAAUCCGUCGCUGUUCAAAAUCGAGCUGUUCGUGAACGACCUGGGGAAGCCGGGGGCGCCGACGUUCGAGUGUCUGGGGGACUUUGAGUACAACCAGAACAACUGUAUCCACCUGGAGUGCGGCAAGCCGGACGAUGGCGCGCGCCGCAUUCCGACGGACGGGCUGGUGCUGAAGGGAUUCUACACGACGAUUACGUUGGCGGUUUAUGGGAUCUUGACGGCGAACAUUGCCGAGCCGAUUGUGUCGCCGCGGGAGACGACUCCGCAGCCGGAGGUGGCGCCGGUGGAGGUGGUGCCGGCGGUGGAUGGACCGAUUGCGGAACCGGGUGGGGUUGGGCAGGAGUGGCCGGAGGAACCACCUGCGGUGGUGGUUGCGACCGAGGUGUUUGUCCAGAAGGAGUACCCGGAGCCGGCGGAUGGGGGCGAGGAUAUUCCGAAGGAUCCGCGUCCGUACGCUCGGAGAGCGUUGCACGCGACGGCGGUCGUCUGCCCGGCGGAACCUUCCUCGCCGAAGCACGUCGUCGUGGAGUGUGAAGGGGCGGGGGGGAAGAAGCGGGUUUCCCGCUCGACGGAACGCCACUACGAGCCGAGGGGUGCGAGGGGUCGCUCGCACGAGUACUCGCGAUCGCCGAGCUUGUGCAAGGACUAUCAGGGCGGUGCGGCGCCACCUGUCGGUGGCCAGAAGCGCGAGUGGUCGCGCAGUCCGCAUCGGGGAUCGUCGUCGCGGCGGAUUCGGAGCAGCUCGUACGAUCGGGGUGGUGUGCGGAGGGGAUCGACGGAUGAUCGCGGAACGACACGGGAUGACCGGUCGGGGCGGCGUCCGCGUUCGCCGCUGGAUUCGCCGCGGCGUCCCCGCUCGCCGGAUCCGCACGACGAUUACGACGAGGAUGACUUCCGGAGGGGAGGUCACGGCAAGUACGGGGAUAAGCCUCCGAGAAUCAAAACCACUUCGGUGUCGGCGGCUACGCCGCCUGGUGUUGGAGGGGUCGAGGAAGAGGGGUUGGCUCCGCCAACGGAACUGUUUGAGGCCAUUUUGAGCGACGAAGAGAUCGUUGAGGACUUUGACUAUGACGUGGAGUACGAGAUGGGUGGAGGAGGUGCUGCCGGAGGGGAGGAUUACGGCAAGGGAUUCAAUCCGUUUGCAGCGGUGCUGAAGAAGUUUGAGUUGGGAGUGGAGAAGGGCGGUGACGAGACGAACGCGGUUCGUCAGUUGGAGAUUGUGUUGAAGAACAAUCGGUAUAACAAGAAGACGACGCUGGAGUUUGGAGCUGAGAGUGGAGACUUCAAGGAGGGGUUCGUCGAUUAUACGGAGCAGAUUGUACUGCUGUUGAACCAGAUCUUCAGUGAGACUCCGCAGAGGGUGAAGUUCGAGCGGACUCUGGAGGAUUGGAUCGCGGGGAAGAGUGAGGGCGUGGAGAUCAUGCUGAACUGUAUCAAGUUGGGACUUGACGUUGAUCGAGCUAUGACGCACCCUCAGCCGGCGUACAAGCUGCGCCACAUGAAGGCAGGGAUUCGAUUGAUUGAGUUGCUCGGAGCAACGGACGCGUUCAUCAAGGUCGUUCUGGAGCAGGAGGACUUCAACAUCUUCGACAAGCUUCUUGGCUUGUACUCGCAGAGCUACAUGGCGCUGUCGAUCAAGCUGAUGAUCAUCCGAUCGAUCUGCGCCUGUUUGGACACGAAGCGCGGCUUGGACUACUUCCUCAGCCCGGAGUACAACGGCUACCAGAUUCUGCUAGAUCUGAUCCAGGAAAACCCCUCGACGAGGAUCAGCUUCGCGCUCAAAUCACUAUUAAAGAAGAUCAACCUGUACGAGAACCUGGAUCUGGUGCGCAGCACCGUAUCGGACGUGUACGCGACCCGCAACGACCCCGCCUUCAAACCGGACCCCGCCCAGCUCUCCGUCCUGGAGAACUGCUUCGCCGAACUAACCAAGGCCAUCACCUGGGACGCGAUCGCGUACAGCCAACCCAAGCGCUUCCUCCCAGUCUCCUCCAAGUUCGAGAUCCACAAGGACAUCCGCUCCUCCGUCACCGCGAACCGCAGCUUCGUCGCCUUCUUCAACAUCCACCACCUGCUCGAAACGAUCAUCUUCCUCCUCGAAAUGAAACUCCCCUCCUCCUCCCUCAUCGGUGCCGUCUACGACCUUCUCUCCGCCCUCCUCAAAAACCACCAAAAGCUCGACUACCUCAUGGAGAACGUCGACGCCGUGAACGUCCUGCUCAAGAUCCUGUUCCAGCACUGCCCCUCCUCGAGCGCCGACGAAGACUUCCUGCACGACCUGACCCGCGGUCAGCUGCUCGGCCUCGAGAUGGCCUACAAGCUGCAAACGCUGUACUACAUUGACGCGAUCGGGCAAACCCGCGAGGACGUCGACCGCCAGGUAGAAUCGCUCCAAGCGCUGUUCCAGCUGGCCUGCAGCUUCGGCAAGCGGUACGUCGUCGAGGUGAUUUGCAUGGAGCAGAACAUGAAGUUGUUCUUGGAGUUGAUUGACGGCGAGAAGCGCGCACUCGCGAAGGAGGGUUCACCUGGGAUGAAGCACAAGUCGCCGGUGCUGAGCUACAGCGUUGACUUGGUUGAUUGCGCCGUUCGUCACUGCGAGCACGUCGGAUAUCUGGUGCAGCACGGCGAGAAGCUGCUCAACCUGGUCAAGACUCACGAGCAGUUCGAGUCGUCGGUUAGUGCGAUGCUGCAGGAGAUGGCGGUUUACCUGAAACCGCUGGAGAUCCACGAGCUGUUUACGUACGAGGACAUCAACCCGCUGGUGGAGCUGAUGAAGCGCAGUCUGGAGUUCAUCACGACCUUCCCGGGCGAUCUGAUCAUGUCGCUGCGAUUGCUGCGCUUCCUGGGGAUCCCCGAGCACGACGGAAUCGUCGGUGCCAACCCGAGCCACGUCGAGCUCAAGUACAAGUACACGAUUCUGCAGUUUUACUCAGCCGACGGGAAGACCCUCCUCAUUUCCAUCCUGGAGAAGCUCAACACGUACUUUGACCAACCGGCGCUGCACGCCUCCAGCCUGGCCAGCAUGCAGGGCGUCCUCCUAACCCAAAUCCUGACCCCACUCGUCCAAAUCCUCCGCAAAAUCAUGACCUACCUGAUCGAGUGCCGCAACACCGAGUUCAAGGACCUGACCGUGAUCGAACCCCUGCUCCGCACCUACGCCCUCAUGCAGAGCGUCCCCGUCAACGCCGCCGCCAUCAACGACGCCCGCGAAGUCCAAAAGGACAUCAUCAAGAUCCUGCUCACCUUCACCCAACCCACCCCAAUGGACGGCCUCGACACCAACAACAUCCACAAAAGCCUCUGGACCCAAAUGGUCGGCGAACUCAUCAAGUUCAUCCUCUACGGCCCCAACUACUUCAUCCCCGGACUCCUCGUCUUCUCCGAACUCCUACCCCUCCCCCUCCCCAUCCAGUGCCGCCAAGAACUCACCCCAACCGAAAUCAGCAAACUCAUCAACGAACGCCAACUCUGGUCCGCCCACCUCCAUCCACAAUCCCCCGCCAUCACCGAAAUGAUCCAAACCAUCUGCCCCUCCAGCUACACCCCCCUCCUCGUCAUCUUCAGCCGCGUCUGUCUCCAACUGUCAGACCUCGCCCCCAACAUGACCCUCCUCAUCUCGAAAGCCAUCACCGACCUAACCAUCCAGGAACCCCUCCUCCCAAACGCCCCACCCGACGACCAGAAACCCCUCAAAGGACUCGCCACCACCGCCCACGCCCGGCUCUUCUCCUUCCUCGGCAGUCUCGUGUGCCACGCGUCCGUCAAAAUCUCCGUCCUCUCGAUCCUGUCCGGCCGCAUCAUGGACCUGAUGACCAACAUCCUGCUGAACCCGGGCCAAACCCCAGCGCACCAGCAAACCCAGGAGAACAUCUACAUCGUGUUCCAGAACCUGCUGGAUUCGGAGUUUUCGAUGGUGUUUGCGAACAUUUCGCCGAUGAUGCAGCUGGCGUGCUCGCUCCCACCCAAGGAGAUCAUCGAGAGCUGCUGCGGCACGAUUGUGGAGAACAUUGCCAGCGAGGAGGUCGGCAUGGGGGUGCUGGUGGCGGCGGUGCGGACCAUGCUGCUGCUGACCGAGCAUGACAUCACCCUCUCAAUCCUGCUGACCGCCGUCGAGAAGCGCAAGGACGCCAUGCUCGCAGUCGUCCAAAAGUUCGCCGACAAAGCGCGCGAGGCCCCGGACACGUACCGCCAGCUGUUCAUCCUGCUGACCGAGUUCUGGCGCUCGCUCAUCACCAUCGACGAGACGGCCCUGGUCGGAUUUAACCUGCCCAAGCGCACCAUCCGCCUGACGCCGGAACAACUGGGGGCCAUGCUCGUUCCCAAGGUCAUCAAGAAGGAGGGCCAGGAGCUGCCCCCGUCCGAACCGGGCGAUUGUGGCCAGCUGUUGAAGGAGUUGCUGGUGUUUUUCAAGCCGGAACCGAAACCGGACGCGGAACCGGAGGAGGCUGCCCAGUUGGUUCCGCCGGUGGUGGACAAUUUGGAGGAUAAUUUGUUGAUGUUGCUGGAUCAGCUGAAGGAGGCGAAAUCGACGGGCGGCGAGUGUUUGUUUGACUUUGGCGUGGUGGAACCGUUGCCACAGGCGGAAGGCAUCGUGACGCAGUACGCCUCGAGGAGCGUGUUUAUCGUGAGUGAAGAGUUUGAGGAUCAGCUGAAGGCGAGCUAUUGGUUGAGCUUUUCUCCUUGCGAUGAGGAUUUGGAGCGGGAGCAGAUUCCGUGCGACCUGCAGGAACUGGCCAAGAGUUGCCUGACCGGGGAUUGUAACUUGACGUCGGAUUGCAAGCGGUUGCUGCAUUUGUCGGCGUCACCGCACUCGACGAGGGACCGCGUGGCCACGGCGCCGUGCUUCCGGACGAGACGGGUUGAGGUGGAACCCAGCACCGGGAGGCCGGAGAAGAAGAUUUUCGCAACUCCCCUCCGCGGACGCGGCUUCACCCGUGCCCCCAUCACCCGGGGAGACCUGUUCCGGUCGCGCCCACCAAACACCUCCCGCCCUCCCUCGCUCCACGUGGACGACUUCCUGGCGCUGGAAACGUGCGGCGCUCAACCGACCGGGCCCACCGGCUACAACAAGCUCUCGCGGGACAUUAUCACGAUUCGGGGCAGCGGCCGGGGACGUGGCCGCUCCUUCUCGGAUCGUGGCCGCUCGGGCGGAUCGGGUUCCGGUGGGGGAGGUGGUGGUGGUGGUGGUGGCGGCGGGGGAGGUUGGAAUCGCGAUCGAGACGUUAGGCAUGGCCCGUCCGGGGAUCACUUUGGUGGUGGGGGUGGUGGCGGCGGUGGUGGACACAACCACUACCGGGAAUCUUCCCAGAACCACUUUGGGGCGCCGCACGUGCGGUCCCGGUCCGGGCGUGGGUUCAACCGGUACGGCGGAAGGCCGUACUCGAGGCCGAUUUAAUAAACGGAUUGUGCUGCGACAUUAUUGUGCGGGCUUGCACGCUAUCAUUAUCUGAUCGUGAACAUGCAAAUCAUGUCGAGUGAGGCUGUGACGGCCAGCUUAACGUAUGUGUGUGCAUUUAUCUAACAUUGACUAUAUUUCACUAUGAAUAAAUAUGAUUCUUCAAUAAAAUUU